UCAGCUUGCUGAUAAAAGCAGUAGGCGGUUGGGAAAGUUGCCAGAGCCCUUCCCUGACUGGAGAAGUCUUGCUUUUGUUGUGCCACUGCCGAGGCUGCCCAUUCUCCCAUCUCAGCACCCCCACAUAAAUGAGCAGAAAUCUUGAAAAGGAGAAAACACGGCAGGAACAUUUGGAAAGGACAUGGCUCAGAGAAGGGUGCAGAACAAGGAGCCCACUCCUUGCCUUUAUGUCCCCUGCCCAAAAGAGUCUUACAUUUUCAAAGUAGUUCUUCUGGGCAGCACGGCUGUAGGAAAGUCAAGCCUAGCCUAUCGCUAUGUGAAGAAGGACUUCCGGGACUCCCUGCCCACUGUGGGCUGUUCCUUCUUCACGCAGGUUCUAAGUUUGGAUAACACCACAAUUAAGCUUGAGAUCUGGGACACUGCAGGCCAAGAGAAGUACCAUAGUGUCUGCCAUCUCUAUUACAGAGGGGCUAAUGCUGCUGUUCUGGUUUAUGAUAUAACGAGGAAGGAAAGUUUGGAGAAAGCAAAAGUGUGGCUGACAGAACUGGAGAAGGAAUUCCUUCCUGAUGAAAUAAUUAUAGCUUUGGUUGGCAAUAAACUGGACCUUUCUGCUGAACGGGAGGUCACAUUACAGAUACGUUGUUUCUCCAGGAGGCAAAGGAUUUUGCACAGACAAAGAACCUGCAGUACAUGGAAACAUCUGCAAAAUCUAAUUACCAAGUGGCAGAACUCUUCGUGUCUCUGGCUCAUGAAUUGUUAAAACAAGAACAACAGAAGGAAAAUGCGUUUCAAUCAACACAAUGGAAGAAAUCACAUGUUGAUCUGCAAGAAACAAGUUUUCCCCAAAUGAGAUGCUGCCAAGCAAUCUGAGAUGAGUUGUUCCGUGUGGCUGGGGUUGCUGCUGCUGCAAUAAAAAACGGAAGCCUCCUCCUCCGAGCCAGAGGGUUUCCUCUGUUUUAUGUGCCUACCUCAUUCCUUUUCACUGUGAGAAGACAUUUAAAAGUUUUAAUAAUAAUAAUAAAUUUUAUUUGUAUCCCGCCCUCCCCGGCCGAGGCCGGGCUCAGAGUGGCUAACAUCCUAAAAACAAUACACACUUCCAAAUUAUUUGUGAAAGCUUUCAAUAUUAUAGCUUUUCUUUGGUAUCCAAAUGUAAUAAAGAGAAUAAACAGAAGAGGAAAAAAUAGCAUUGUGCCAUUUCAUAAGAAUAUGAGAAGAUGCCUGCCAGAUCAGACCCAAGUAACAGUCUAUCCUGUUUAGCCACCUGCUUCCUUCCCACGGUGGCACAAGGGAAGUGGCCCAGAGUCACAGUCCUGGUCAGCCACUGCCAGUUCACAUCCCUUGAGCAUAUAUGUCAAAUUAGGAUGGUUUGCCCCAACACACAUCACUCUAAACUUGUUUACAUCUCAAAGGAUUGCUGCUUGGAUCUAAGCUACUGGAGAGGCAGUGUUGGCGUGAUCAGAUGGACAAGACCCCUGAGCCAGCAGGCAUGAACACGGCAAGGAAGAAAGAAAGGGAAUCGAGCCAUAAAACACAAGGUGCUGCUGCUGGGCAGCUGGGCGAUUUGGUGCCCUGGUAUCACUUUCAACUGAGAGGCCUUAUUCCAACAGGAUGGGAGUGUGAAAUGACUUGUAGGUGGGAGGCUUAAGGUCUUGGCUUCAGAUGUGAGCAGUUUGGCAGUGAGCAUUUGCUUGAGUGGCAGUUUUGGCAUUGGAUAGGCGUAGUCUUGGUUGGAGGAGAGGUUGUUGCCUCUGCCUGCCCCUACAGAAAAUGACACAUCCUGUUAAAGGGAUCCAGGGCAGAUGCUUCUGUCCAGAUGCCCUGAUGGGGGCCCCCAGGUGCAAGUCCUACCAGCAGAUGGACUAGAAGGGGUGGGGUUCUACCCAGUGCCAAUGCCAAACCUCUUACACCUGUAGUCAAUAAAGGUGUGGCCUGAUUUCACCCAUAUACAACAUGCCUCAUUAUUUAUGGGAGAUGCCUGGGUACGCAAGAGAUAAGAUGGUUAUCUUCCAAUAUCUAAAGGGAAGAUGGAUCAAGCUUGUUUUCUCCUGCUCUGGAGGGGAGGACCUGAACCAGUGUCUUUGCUAUAAGAAAGGAGAGUCUGACUAAAUCAGGAAGAACAUUCUGACAGUAAGAGCUGUUUGACAGUGAAACAGACUUUCAUGAGAGGUGAUGGGCUCUCCUUCCUUGGAGGUUUUUAAGCAAAGGUUGGAUGGCUAUCUGUCACCCUUGGAGUCCCUCAGGGCCAUCUUAAGCAUACCUGGCACCCUGGCACCGUGGUGCAACAGAUCCCUCUGGCGCCCCCGCCCCGCCCCAUUUCCCAGCGCAGCGGGCGGGUGGGCACAGUGUGCAGCGUGGCUGCCGCCUGGAGGGCCAGA